AUGGAAUUCUUGAAUGACGAAACUAAUGCAUUAGAAAUCAUUACAUCAUUAUUAUCAAAUCCUGAAGAACUUGGACUUAUUAUGAUUUAUAUUAAUUUUAUUGUCGAAAGUCAACUUGAACAACUUACUGCUUACAUUGAAAUCAAUAUGAAUGCUGAAUAUUUUGGUCCUGAGUUAGAUACAUUAAUUGUAUCAAAAUUUUUUCAACCUGCUGAAUUUUAUUCUAUUUUCUGUGGUGCCUUUAGUGUUGUAUACAAAAAAUUUUCCACCCAUAUUCCUUCUCAUCCUGGCAGACCAUUGUUUUUUGCGGCUCAA